CUCUCUCUCUCUCUCUCUCUCUCUCUCUCUCUCUCUCUCUCUCUCUCUCUCUCUCUCUCGCUCUCUCUCGUGAUUUGUUGUUCAGGAAGUGAUACAUUCCAGUGAGUGCUGUAGUAAAAGGCAUUAGCCUAACUCAGUCAAUGCUGAAGGGUUUCCCCCCACUACUGUAGGCCUACAACAGUGUUGAAUGGAAGAGGGAAAAACAUGGACUAAUAAGUCCUUCAAAUGGAAUAACAAUUUGACAGAAUGUUCAACUCUACUGCCAGGAUUAAGCCUAGGCUGUAGUCUAAAGUAGCAACCUGUCAUUUUGACAAGGUUAUUCAUUUAAAGGGUAAGGGCGUAUUCACUUCUCACUGAAACUCCAGAGUAGUUGGGAUAAACUAUAGAUAUACUGUAAUAUGGUCCUUUUUUCCCUUAUGAUAUUUAAGCAACAAACUGUAACUCUUUUUCUACCCCUACAUGGUAGCUCGUGUGCUCGUGUGCUAUUGAGCGAGGCUGUGUACAGUGAAAAGUGAAGAUGUAACACCAAACCUUUUAGGAGCCUUUUGACCCUGUCUGCCUUCUCAUCCUUCCCAACUGUCAUGGCCGUAUGACACAAAAGGUGUCAUAGAGAAGGUGGCUGGAGGUAAGUAAGUGAGGGCCCAUUUGGGUGGCAGUCUAGAGGUGGUGUCAGUGAGGGCCCAUUGGGUGGCAGUCUAGUGGUGGUGGGAGUGAGGGCCCUAUUGAGUGGCAGUUUAGUGGUGGUGGGAGUGAGGGCCCUAUUGAGUGGCAGUCUAGUGGUGGUGGGAGUGAGGGCCCUAUUGAGUGGCAGUCUACAGUGCCCAGACAUGCCAUGUGGGCUUUAAAUUGCAGUGCAAUGACAGAGGAGGAGUGGGCAGCUCCUCCCCCCUGUUGUUAAGGGGAACAGGGAAAGGUUCUGUCUCGCUCCCUUUCUCUUACCCUUUUUUGUCUUCUUUCUUUCUCUCUCUUCUGGUCCUUUUUCUCUCACAUCCGGUGGCCUGUCUGGCAGCUCUGGGUCUGUCAUCAUCGUACCACCUCAGAGCUGUGCAAGCCUCAACAAGGACCAUGCAUGCUUCCUCUCUUUCUUCUUUUCUCUUCUUCUCCUCCCUCCCUCCCUUCUCACCCACGAAGGAUAUGGGAGACCACCAGUUAUUUCAAUUUAAGAGAGAGCCUGAACCAGACAAAUUAAAUCUCCAAAUGCUGGCAAUCUUGGCGAAAACUAACUGUAAUCAGGUUUGAUUUGGCGUAAGCUAGUACAUCGGUUGACAUGUUGGUAUGUUGUAGAGUGGAAUUUGUACAGAGUUUGAUGUUGUAAUGUAGUAGUAUUGCGUCAUAGCUGAAACCCAGUGAAGAAAUCAACGAAGUGACAGUCCAAAUUUUUUUGGGAGGAGAUCUGUUGCUCUUGACUUCUAGUUUGUUCUUGUGCUUGCCCCAGCUUCAUCUGUCUGGACUUGACUCCUGGCUCUGUCUGUCUCAGUCGUGGGAAAGACUGAAAUGACAUCGCUCUCAUGGUGGACUAUUUUGGGCUCUCAGAGAGAGUGAUAGAGGGCAGCAGGCGGCAGGUUUCAGACAGCUCUGUUAGAUCAGGAGUCCCCCAGCAGCAGGCAGGUCUGAAGCUGUCCAGUCCACAGAGCAACACCGCUUCACCGUUACCGUUUAACGGGAGCUAGGAGCAGAAUAAUGUUGUGCGCGAUGUCAACAGGUCUGGAGCCUGACGACAAUACGUCGUUCUACAUCCUCAAUGUGGGCCAGCAGUCCGUGGUCAACAACCAGUCUAUGGGCCAGUCACGCAAUGGCAGCAUGGAGUCUCACUCCCACUCCCAAGUCAUCAGCUCCUCCCCCCAUCAGCGCCUGCAGUCCCACAAGGUGUACGACCCCAACUAUGAGGUCCAGGACAAUGUCAAUAAAAACAAAUCCAGCCCUGCAGGUGGGGGUGGGGGGCCUCCCAAAGCCUUUGAGUGUCCUAGCAUCCAGAUCACGUCUAUCUCCCCCAGCUGUCAGCAAGAGAUGGACGCUAACGAGGACAAUCUUAGAGGUAAUGAUGGGGACUACCACCAUGGGGACCGGCCCCUGUCCAGGGACCACCUGUACCUGCCCUUAGACCACUCAUACCGGGACUCAACUCUCAGCCCGUCCCCCUGCAGCUCCCUGUCCUCCAGGAGCUGUUUCUCAGACGUCUCGUCCUGCGAGUCCUUCUCCCACGUGUACGAUGACGUGGACUCUGAGCUGAACGAAGCGGCCGCAAGGUUUACCCUGGGGUCUCCCCGCACCUCCCCUGGCUGCUCCCCUCACCCUGGGGUCCUGGAGGAGGGUCUGUGGGCUGGGCAUCAGCACCACCCUGCCUUUCACCACUCCCACUCCUCCCACUCCCUGUCCCCCAGAGUCUCCCCCUGCCACUCCCCACGCACCUCCGUCACCGACGAGAACUGGCUGAGCCCUCGGCCGCCGUCCCGCCCCUCCUCACGCCCCACCUCACCUUGCGGGAAGAGACGCCACUCCAGCGCAGACAUCUGCUACCCGGUGGGCUCCGUGUCCCCACACCACUCCCCGAUCCCCACCCCCGAGCCGUCCCCAAGGGGCAGCGUGACAGAGGACACCUGGAUAGGAAGCCCCUCCAUGGGCAUGUUUCAGUGCUGCCCUUCCGAGGCAGACAUCCCCUCCAAGACUAGGAAGACUUCCCAGGACCGGACAUGCUCCAUGGGGGGGAAGGGGGACCUGGGCCUGGACGACUCUGGGAACGGGUCCCCCCUCAUGGACUCUCCCCCGGAAGACACCUUGCACUCCCUGAAGAAGGACGGGCCAGGGGAACAGUUUCUCUCAGUGCCCUCACAUUUCACAUGGAACAAACCCAAACCAGGACACACACCCAUCUUCAGGACCUCCUCCCUGCCCCCCCUGGACUGGCCCCUGCCCCACCUGUUUGGCCAGUAUGAGCUGAAGGUUGAGGUGCACCCCAAGGCCCACCACCGAGCGCACUACGAGACGGAGGGAAGCAGAGGGGCGAUUAAAGCUGCAUCAGGUGGUCAUCCUGUUGUCAAGCUGAUGGGCUACAACGAGAAGCCUGUCAACCUACAGAUGUUCAUCGGCACGGCAGACGACCGCUACCUCAGACCUCACGCCUUCUACCAGGUGCAUCGGAUCACUGGGAAAACGGUGGCCACCGCCAGCCAGGAGAUCAUCAUCUCCAGCACCAAAGUUCUCGAGAUUCCUCUGCUUCCUGAAAACAAUAUGUCUGCCAGCUCCCCUCCCUAUCUCUCUUGCAGUAUUGACUGUGCUGGCAUCCUGAAGCUGCGGAACUCAGACAUUGAGCUGCGGAAGGGGGAGACUGAUAUCGGGCGGAAGAACACGCGUGUGCGAGUGGUGUUUCGUGUUCACAUUCCCCAGCCCAAUGGGAAGGUUCUCUCUCUACAGGCUGCAUCCAUCCCCGUGGAGUGUUCCCAGCGUUCGGCCCAGGAGCUUCCCCAGGUAGAGAAGGCCAGUCUGACCGGCUGUCUGGUCAGCGGGGGAGAGGAGAUGGUCAUCACAGGAUCCAACUUCUUCCCCGAAUCAAAGGUCAUAUUCCUGGAGAAGGGCCCUGAUGGAAGACCCCAGUGGGAAGUGGAGGCGAAAAUCAUCCGUGAGAAAAGUCAAGGAUCGAGCGUCGUAGUGGAGGUCCCUCCCUACCACAGUAAGACCGUGACCUCGGCUGUUCAGGUGCAGUUUUACGUGUGUAACGGCAAACGGAAAAGGAGCCAAUCACAACGCUUCACUUACCUGUCAGUCCUGGUGAAGCAGGAGCACAACAGAGAAGAGAUGGAAGGGCCCCCUGCUGUGCCCCCCAUGCCCGGUAUGUCCAUGCCUCUGGCCCAUGCUGCCAGCCUGGUCCGCAGUACCCACACCCAGCUGCCUUCCCCUGAGCAGGGCCACCCACCGGACGGCCUUCUGUCCAGCUCUCCCCGGGGCCUGGCUGCGGGCCCCGGCUCCAGCCUCCAUACUCUGCAGCCUGCCUGCCCCCUCAUGGGCUCCCCCUCCUUCCAGCACCUGCCUCACCUCCAGGGCCGAGGCCUCCACACGCCUGCUGACUGCCACAUGACGUUCCAUCCGGGCCCAGCCCCUCCCAACAGGCCCUCCUACCAACACCAUCCUAUGCAGCAGAGUCACACCCACCCCGGCCACCUAAGCAACCUAAAUCCCAACCUGCCCUACAAUGGCCAGCCCAGCCUUUCCAUGAACACUGGGGGUCCGCAGGGCUAUGAGAGAAUGAGUUACCACCAGAAGCAGUCUGACCCCGGGGCCUCCCACCCCCACCCCAUGGGGCUGGGUAUGGUGUACCACUCCUCCCCAUCUACCUCCACCCAGCAGGCCUCCAGCCCCCACAGCCCCAUCUCCACGGCCCCCCACAGCCAGCCCAUGACCCACUCCUCUCACUCUGCCCCUCACCUGCUCUCCAUGGGCUACCACUGCCCCCCCAACCCCAGCCAGGUGCCCUCGCCCACCCGCCCCAACCACCCCAUGGGCCAGCCCUCACCCACCCACCCAAACCAUCCGAUGCAGCCCUCCCCCCAGCUGCAGAGAGCUAUGGGGGGCUACCACCCCACCAGCCAGAGGUCUGCCUCCUGUCCCACUACCUCCAGUGCCCCUCCAGCCCACAUGGUUGCCUCGCCCCAUUCCGGGCCAUCCUCCCCCCAGCUCCACUCCCUGCCCUACCAGUCGCCCACCUCCCCCUCCCCCACCGGCAGCCCUCUGGGCCCCCCAGCACACAGUCCCCAGGCCAGCAGCCCUGUCAUGUCCAGCCUGUCCACAGGCUCAUGCAGCAGCAACCCCGUGCAGCAGCACCCCCUUGCCCCCCAGCAGAGCCCCUUCCCUAUGGAGGGGGAGAGUGUGAACGUCAAGCAGGAGCCGAUGGAGAGAGAGCCCACCUUCAGAUCCAUCGGCCUGCAGGACAUCACACUGGACGACGUGAAUGAGAUCAUCGGCAGAGACAUGUCCCAGUCCCCUGGUGGCGGUGCCCAGUCGUAGCGCUGUCCGUGGCCAGGCCUCCACACACCCAGCUGGGCAUAGCAGUGUCCUCACCAGCCCCAACACCACCACCUCCACCACAGGACUUUACCUGCCUCUAGGCAGGACAGGCUGGGCUGAGAUUCCCUUUUACACUUCAUGGACCUACCAGUCCACAAAAAGACACUCCAGACACACAUGAACAAACCUUUCAUAUACCCACAUGACAGCAAAAGAGCUCAGACUCACUCACCUACACAUGUAUACAUCAGAUUAUAAACAGGACAACACCGCAGGGUGUUGACAAACUGUAGGAUUAUUGGGGUCAGUGAGUGGCAGAAAGAUGAGGAACAUGUUCUCUGUUCAGUUGACUUCGGGUUCAUUUUUAGCAUUAGUUCUCAGGCCUGGGCUCAGAUCCCCAGAGGUGAUCACUGGUUUAGAGAGUGAUCACCUCCUAAACGGUUUCUAUGCAGCUAAACUCUCUGCUCAGGGUGUCUGGUUGGAGUAUGUAAUAUACCCUCUCAAGUCACAAUGUUGCCCCUAACAGUGUAGUGCUCAGUGAGGAAAAAUAGGAUCCCUCAGUAGGAAUAAAGAAGUUUUAAUACUGUACUCAUGAUUUUCCUCACCAGCAUAGACCUCGAAGGUACAAACACCCCGGUUGGUUGAGUGAUCUCACAACAGCACCCCCUGGGAGUGUAGAGGUAGUACUGCAGCCCCACUGCGACACCCCCAUCACCCUAGUCCUUCUUUGUUUCUGGGUGCCUGGGAGCCCCUUCUCUUCUUCUCUGGUGCUGGACUGGGAUCUGUAAUAUGCAACAUUCCACACUUCUAGUGACCUUCCAGCCAUGUAGAUAUAGUGCCUUCAGAAAGUAUUCACUCCCCUUGACUUUUUGCACAUUUUGUUGUGGUACAGCCUGAAUUUCAAAUAUAUUAAAUGUAGACGUUUUUGUCGCUGGCCUACACGCAAUACCCGAUAAUGUCAAAGUGGAUUUAUGUUUUCAGAAUUGUUUAGAAAUUUAUAAAAAAUUAAAAGCUGAAAUGUCUUAAGUGAAUAACUAUUCAACCCCUUUGUUAUGACAAGCCUACAUAAGUUCAGGAGCAAAAAUGAACUUAACAAGUCAAAUGAGUUGCAUGGAUUCAACCACAAAGACCAGGGAGUUUUUCCAAUGCCUCGCAAAGAAGGGCACCUAUUGGUAGAUGGGUAAAAAAAAAAAGCAGACAUUGAGCAUAUCCCUUUGAGCAUGGAGAAAUUAUUAAUUAUACUUUAAUCACUACAAAGAUACAGGCCUCCUUCCUAACUCAGUUGCCAGAGAGGAAGGAAACGGCUUAGGGAUUUCACCAUGAGGCCAAUGGUGACUUUAAAACAGUUACAGAGUUUAAUGGCUGUGAUAGGAGAAAACAGGAUGAUUCAACAACAUUGUAGUUAUUCCACAAUACUAACCUAAUUGACAGAGUAAAAAGAAGAAAGCCUGUACAGAAUAAAAAUAUUCCAAAACAUGCAUCCUGUUUGCAACAAGGCACUCAAGUAAUACUACAAAAAAAAUUGGCAAUGCAAUUCACUUUUUGUUCUGAGUACAAAGUGUUAUGUUUGGGGCAAAUCCAAUACAACACAUUACUGAGUACCACUCCCCAUAUUUUCAAGCAUAGUGAUGGCUGCAUCAUGUUAUGUGUAUGCUUGUAAUCAAAGGACUGGGGGUUUUUUUUAGGAUAAAAAAAUAAGCAGAAUGGAGCACAGGCAAGAUUCUAGAGGGAAAUCUGGUUCAUUCUGCUUUCCACCAGACACUGGGAGGUGAAUUCACUUUUCAGCAGGACAAUAACUUAAAACACAAGGCCAAAUCUACAUUGAAGUUGCUUACCAAUAAGACAGUGGAUGUUCCUGAGUGGCCAAAUUAUAGUUUUGACUUAAAUCUGCUUGAAAAUCUAUGGCAAGACCUGAAAAUGAUUGUCUAGCUAUGAUCAACAACCAAUUUGACAGAGCUUGGAGAAUUUAGAAAAGGUUAAUGGUCAAAUGUUGCACAAUCCAGGUGUGGAAAGCUCUUAGAGACUUACCCAGAAAGACUCACAGCUGUAAUCACUGCUUAAGGUGCUUCUACAAAGUAUUGACUCAGGGGUGUGAAUACUUAUGUAAAUGAGAUUUCUGUAUUUCAUUUUCAAUAAAUUAGCAAACAUUUAUAGAAACAUGUUUUUACUGUCAUUAUGGGUUAUUGUGUGUAGAUGGGUGAGAUAAAUAUAAAAAAAUCUUUAAUCAAUUUUAUAUUCAGGCUGUAACACAACAUUUUAUAUUCAGGCUGUAACACAACAUUUUAUAUUCAGGCUGUAACACAACAUUUUAUAUUCAGGCUGUAACACAACAUUUUAUAUUCAGGCUGUAACACAACAUUUUAUAUUCAGGCUGUAACACAACAUUUUAUAUUCAGGCUGUAACACAACAAAAGGUGGAAUAAGUCAAAGGGUAUGAAUACUUUCUGAAGCCACUGUAUCUGUAAAUUAUUACUACCUUCUCCUUCUGACUCCCCAAACCUCCUCUUCAGGUUGAACAAAUGCCUUAUAAACAUUGUUAAAUAGCAGCUUUGAAUGAUAGGAUGGUAAACGCUUUUGUUGUUUGUUUGCACAGCUGACUCUUCAUGCAGAGUAUGACUUCGAUUUUUAAAGAAAUUAGAUGGAUUUCUGAGUUUGUGAUAUGGAGACGCUUGACUUUCAAUGAAUAUAAUGUUUUAUGCGAUGGAUAGAUGAACACUGGUUUUCUCCAGACCGAGGUAGCCCGUUAAGACAAGUAAAUAUAUAUAUUUGUAACUGUAAGUAGACUCGUUGGAGUUUAAUUAAAGGUGGUGUUUGAAUUAUCCACAGAGCAAGACGGACCUGUGUUCCUCUGAGCUCUGUCAUGCAAUAACUAAUGUGCGUCUGAAAUGGCACCCUAUUUCCUGUAUAGUGCACUACUUUUGGCCAGCACACUGGUCAAAAGUAGUGCACUAUACAGGGAAUCGGGUGUAAUUGUGGAUGUACACUAACUGUCUUGAUGCCCUGGGCCCAGUUUUUCAAAACGUUUAAUCUGGAUAAGGAUGAUCUGGAUUCUGUAAUCCUUUUUUGCAAUCCAGGAUCAGAUUAAUCAUGUUGUUUUUGGGCCAGUUUUUCAGAAAAUAAUCGGAUAGGAUCAUUCUGAUCCACAACAUGAAGAUCACAGAAUCCAGAUUGUCAGUGCUUUCAACAGGCCUACAGACCUUUCCAUCUAGUGGACAAAUUAUGGUACUACUACACUGUCAUAGGGAAACAGAGAUGAGUAAACUACAUGAAUAAAGGUAACUAUAUGACACCUUUCUAAAUCCACCCUGAAUACACCCUUCCAGUGGGAUCAAGAUAAUCUAGAUUUUAGGCAUCAAAACUAUCACUACCUUUUUUGAGUAAAAAAAAAUUAUAAACUACAUUUAAUCCUGAUUUAAUGGUCAAAUUGGAUUACCAAAUCUGGAGGAUCAGAAUAAUUUUGUUUUCUUUUGAAAAACCCAAUUCUAACAUGUAAUUUUAUCCGAUUGCAGAAAUCCGAUCAGAUAACUUUUGAAAAACUGGGCCCAGAGACUGUGUGCCUUCCACUUUGUAACAACCAUACCUUCUGAGGGUAAAGCAGCUUCAAUCUAAAUACUAUUGGAAAUAAUAUAACACAUUGAAAACUGCAGAUUUAAACUGUUGAUACAAGUAUUUUAUAUACAGUCCUUUAUAUAUCUGUAUUUAUGUGUAGCCCCCUCUCCACCACCCCUGACGAACAAGGUUAAGUUAGUUUAAAAAAACGACUUCCAUUUUUGUAUGUUGUUGGUUCUUCCACGCCCCUUGUGUGUUGCACAUCACAACAAUCACAACAAAUGAUCAUUUUGUCUUCAGGAUGGUACCUUAACAAAAAUAUGUAUUUGUCAAUCUUCCUCCUUGGGGAGACAUACAGACUGCGAAUGUAUGGAAUAUUGAUAGCAAUAAUAAAAAGAUUUUCAGUUUGCCUGAGAAUUACAACAACAAAAAGUCCAAACAAAAUGACAAAGCUGAGUGUUAAAAAGCAACAUAUUCCAGUCCAACAUCAUCAUAAGGAUGUUUACAGAAUGUGAUUCUGAAUGCUGGAUAGAUGUAUGUAUGUAUGCCAUACAUUACUUGGCCAUGCUGUAAUAUAACAUGUUGAUUGGUCUGGAUAGGAACAACUCCUAUUGCCUUAACAUGUUCUCUGUGAUUGGACAAUGAUAUAUGUAUAUUCUUGCAUGUAUAUGUUUUUCUCUGAGAGGAUGUUGCUAAUGACAACUGUCAAUCAUGUCCAAGUCCAAUCAGAAAUAGAAAAGAAUUCUCCAAUACACAAAAAACCUGCCUGAUGCCUUUAAAAAACAUUUUUAAAAUAAAUUUAAAAAGAACCUUGAUGCCUAUAGUUGUAGAUGCAGCAGAGAUGCUUGGUUCUGUUACUUCAAGGCUCUGUUUACACAGGUAGUUCAAUUCUGAUCUUUUUCUCACUAAUCAGAUCAGCUCUGAUAAAGUUCUGUGAUUUGUCAAAGAACCAAUUAGUGGAACAAAUAUCAGAAUUGGGCUGCCUGUAUAAACGCAGCCUUCAAGAGUAUCAGCACAAUACUUGUUAGUCCUGCAUACCAGAGGGCCAGUCAGUGAAUCUGCCUUGUAAAGGACACAGUGCAAGCGUCUUAGUAGAUUAUAUUAAGUGUGGAUGUGUGCGCUUGUACCCAAUAAACUGUAGAUAAGUGUUUUUUUUACAAUGAAUUUCAGUUCUGUACAAUAUAAGCACACAGAUGCAUUAGGCUACUAUGCAAACCAUGACGAAAGCACCAUGACAACGUGAUAUUUGGCAGAAAGUACAAAAUAACUGGUUUGUUUGUAAUAAUCUCUCGUGGCUUCUGUUUUAUGUGUAAAACCUAUUCAAACAGUGAGGAGAGAAUGUCACUAUUUGUUUAUUUAAACUAUAGGAAGGCCUUAACUCAUGUGUUGAAUAUGAAUUACUGGUUUGUUAUGCUCUUCUGGGUUAAUCAUUUACUUGAGAAUAUACAUUUUGGACAGCAGGACGUGUGUUACAAGAGGAAGGGCUGGCUCUAGUGCUGCUUGUGAGACUGUUACCUGAUUCCCAGUAUAGAGCUGAUCAGAACCGUACUGUGCUGGCUUGGAUGUUUCAUUUUCACAUGGUCCUUUCCAGCACUUUGUAGAUGCGUAAACAGGGCAGCCCAGUACAGCUCGGCUUGGCGCAGUUUUGCCCUAUAGUGUGAAUGAGGCAUAUGAGUCCAGAAACAAGAGCAGCAUUAAAUUCAGUAACCGUUCGCUCUCUGUCAUCCUCUUCUGGAAAACCAAAGAUCAAACAAUAUGUUCCCAUUUUACAUACUGGUAAAAAGCAACACAGACUGACAUUAGAACUCUAUUUUUGAUACUUUGAAAUGGAUGUCAUUCCUAACGGUUGGAUACAUAUAUCUAUAAAUAUAUGUUUUGUAAAAGAAAAGGGAAAUACAGGUUUUAGCUGAUGUUUACAGGAACCUUGUAUUGUCAUUUCAUGUACAUUUUGUAUUUUAAAACCAUUUUGUAAUUUAAGACUGCAGUGCUUUUUGAAAUUAUUCAAAGGGAAUACCUUGCAUUUAGGCUCUUACAGUAGUGUAUCAAUAAAAAUUCAAAUGUCAAA